GAUUAAGCCCUUUGGAGACAACUGGUCCAAGGAGCAAAUAAAAGAUUGGAAGACAAACAAAGAGGAACUAACGCGAAAAAAUGCUGUUUGGACUCAAUCAGUGUUCGAAACAAUUUUUGAUGUUGAAUAUCUCUUGACGAAAAUUGAUACUGAAGAUGAUAAGGAUGAGCAGUACAAGGAGGAAAAAGAAGUACGGAAUAGCCCGCAACACAGUGAAUAUGCUUCCACUGAUAAAGAGUUGUACGAUCUUUAUCAAAGCCUAGAAAAUGAUGCAAAUUUUAUGGAUUAA